AUGGAAAAAGGCAGUCCUGCUGAAGAAUUAAUUAAGAGCUAUCCCCCAGGGGGUAAUAGUUACGAAAAAGCUUUAAAACAGCUGAAAAUGCGUUUCGGCAGAGAGGAACUAUUGAUUCAGAACACUUCUAAAAAUUCAUUAAGAAAAUUGUUCGAUCAACUUGAGAGUAAACUGCGAUCACUUGAAUUAUUAGGUGUUACUAGGGAAAAAUAUGCUGCAAUGCUUUUUCCACUAGUUGAAUCAUCAUUACCCGAAGAAACUCUUGUUGCUUGGCAGCGCUAUAGAUCUGCUCAUCGUAGAAUUCGAGAAGUGAAUUUAGAUGAUUCAGACGAAAGUAAAACUAUAAUUGAGAAAAGUGAUUUAGAAUGCAUUUUAGAAUUUUUACAAGCCGAAGUUGAAGCUGAAGAACGCAUUUUUUUAGCCUCUCAAAGUUUCAACACAUCGAAACCAAAAGCAGAAGUAAAACAUAAUCCUUCCUAUGAGAAAAAGGUAAUAGAGAACAAAUGUAAGAGUAGAAAUUUUUCAAAUAUACCUAGUGCAACAGACCUUCUAACUUCAUCUCAAGUAUCAAAACAGUGUAUAUUCUGUUCUAAUUCACAUUUUUCUGGAGACUGUCUAAAAGUAAGAAAAAUACCUUUAAGGCAGAGGGAGUCACUGGUUCAACAAUCUCACAAGUGUUUUUUAUGUUUGAAAUCCAGACAUUCAGUCAAGGAUUGUAACUUGAAAGUUGGUUGCUUGUGCUGUGGUAAAAAACACCACAUUUUUCUGUGUAGAAAGAUGCACCAAAUAACUAUGUCAAAAAACGAAGAAUCACCUGAAGUUGAAAAGAAAACUGAGAUUAGUGCUGAAGUGGAUCAAGCUCUUUCAAAUUUAUCUUCUACUCCGGACGUAAUGCUUCAAACAUUCAAAGUUAUAAUUAGAAGUAAUGGGAAAAAACGCGUCGCAAGAGCUAUUAUCGAUACUGCUUCACAGCGAUCAUAUUUAUUAAGAAGUACAGCUAAAGAAAUGAACUAUGAACCUCAGAGUUGUGAAUAUUUACAACACUCUUUAUUUGGAGGGAAGGACUCAGGGAUAUGCAAGCAUGAUGUAUACACUUUAUAUUUAUCGAGUGUGCAUGGGAAUUAUAAUUGCAACUUUAAAGUUCUUAGUCAACAAAUUAUUUGUAAGUCAGUGCCACCUACUGUCAACAAGCUUUGUCUGAAAGAGUUAGCAGCCUGUAAUAUAAAUAUUGUGGAUGAUUGUCAAAAUCCUAUUGAGAUUCUUAUUGGGGCUGAUGUAGCUGGAAAACUCAUGACAGGUGGUCGUCGUGAGUUGCCUUGUGGUCUCGUAGCUAUUGAGACCAAAUUUGGAUGGUCAGUUAUGGGACGAAUGCCGAAUACUUCGAAAAGUGAGUUUUCAUCAUCGUUCUUAGUUACAUCCUUGUUAUCUACUGUGGAGACCAUAACAGAUCUAUGGACUUUGGACACACUUGGGAUCACUGACCCAUCAGUCAAGAAAAACCAGACUGAACUACAAGAAGCUGCUCGGUUACAUUUUCUAAAUACAGUUCGUAUAGUCGAUGAUCGUUUCGAGGUUGAUUUGCCCUGGUUGGAAUAUCAUCCACCACUAACAGACUAUUUUGACUUAGCCGAGAGAAGACUGAACAAAACUGUUAAACGUCUUAAAAUCGAGUCCAAUUAUGAAGCUUAUGGAGAUGUUUUCAAGGAAUGGCUAGAAGAGGGAGUAAUUGAAGAGGCUGAUAAAAAUUAUCAAGGGCAAGUUCUUUACCUUCCUCAUCGAGAAGUUAUCAAAAAGAAUAGCACUACAAAACUCCGACCGGUAUUUGAUGCUUCGGCCAAAGUAAAGGGAUUUCCUAGUCUUAAUGACUGCUUAGAAAAAGGCCCAAAUCUAAUAGAACAGCUUCCGAGUAUUUUAACACGCUUUCGAAAAGAAAAGAUUGGUGUUAUUGCUGAUAUACGAAGAGCCUUUCUUCAAAUAAGUGUUUCACCUACUGAUAGAGACUUUUUGCGGUUCUUAUGGCUUGAUAGUGAUGGUCAACUGAAAGUGUACAGGCACUGCCGUGUAGUUUUUGGUGUAGCAAGUAGCCCUUUUCUUCUAAACUCUACUAUUCAGCUUCACCUACAAACUGUUUUAGAGAAAAUAGAAACCGGUGAAUCCUUAUAUACGAAAGGUGUCAUUCAAAAAACUUAUGCAUAG